UUGAAAUUUCGUAAGAAAGGAAAGGAUUGAGGGGAUGUUGUUUGCGCAAUGACUAAGCAGAAAGAGAAAUUUAUUGAUCCCUAGGGUAUAUGGGUAUCCCACACUGGCACGUGCAAGUAACUCAAAUGAAUUCCCUUUGUUCAAAGUUGAUGUUUUGUUGAGAAUGUUUUGCUGUAGAUUUUCUUCAUGCAAUUGCCCUAGUUGUUAAGUUAAUACUCAGCAUGUUUGUCAAUUUUUUUAUGGUAGAUGGUGGUCAUGAAUCAAGUUGAUCGUGGGGUAUGCAGAGGAGUUGGAGUUACUCUAUAGAUAAGAUGACAAAACAACCAUUGUGUGUAACUGGAGCAUAAUCUGAAUACCCAUGACGCAACUUUCUUUCAUCAGCUGGUCAUUCUGGUGUUCACAUCUGACCAAGCAUGCAAGUCAUUUGGGCUGUCGUGUUGGUUGGUUUGACUCAUGGAGCCUCGGUAAUAGAACGAGAAAGUUGCAUUCCUCAUGAGGAGGCUACCUAUGAGUAUCAUGCUGUUGGUUACAACACUAUCCCUGGCACAUCUCAUGGUGUCAGUGGUGUGAAAACCAAGAUGACCUUGCUCAUCAAGAAAUAUCUAAAGGAAGUUGACCAGAUGCAGCUAGAGGUUGUCGAGUGCCGUAGUGCUCCAAUUCCAGAUGUUGCACAACCAGGUGAAACUGAUAUUUGCAAAAAGCUGAAGGAGCAUAUCUUGGCAUUCAACAUGCAUGAUGGCAAAGUUACUGCCAUCUACCCACACCCUUAUGAGAUGGUCCACAUUUUGAACUUGAAACGAGGAAUGCUAAGUGCAUUGCAAGUACGUUCUCUGGGGAAAAAUACCACUCAAAUCAUUGAGGAGGUGGAUAUUUUGGCAACAUGUGACACCGAAGUUCAAGAAUCACACAAGGCAGAUUAUGUCGAGAUACAGAAAACUCGUAUAACUGAAAAGUGUCGAGGCCAUCCCAAGCACACUAUACUCUCUCAAAGCAAACAUGAGCCGGCCUCAUUUGCACAUGGAAUAAUGACUGCUUCAUACAAAUUGAACAAAAGGGGGCAAAUCAUGUCAGCCAAACUGAUCCAGGAAGAACAGUUAGCUCCGUUUACCAAAGAGGCUGGUCAAAUUUUAACUCAUAUUAACCAAACUUUCUGGCUUGUCGAUACCAAGAGUCGAUGCAGCUACCCAAUUCCUCUUAAAGACGUAGAGAAAAAGCAACUGGUCUUCGAUUAUGAUGUGACAUCAAAUGAAGAGGAUAGAAGUGGAGAUGCUUCAGAACUCAUUGAUGAACUACAGAAGACUCAGCUACAAGACAUCCCAGAAAAGUUUAUCAAGCUGAUUGCUACCCUGCGGAAGCUUCACUUUCAUGAACUACAGAGCAUGCACGAGAAAAUCAAGACUUCAAAGCAAAAGCAAUCAACAUUUCUUGAUGCACUGGCAUUCACAGGGACAAACCAGGCUGUUAAGCUUAUUAUCGAAUUGACUCGUUUAGACUCUGACUUAUUGAGUGAGACACGGAAAUCGGAAUUGGCUCUCAGUUUGGCUGCAGUACCAGUGCAGUACGCUGAUCCCUGCAAACUGCUGAAGCAAACCCUGAAAAUGGUCCAGAUCAGGGACACCUGUCACAGCAGCACACUCACACUUGGCACUGUUAUCAACAGAGUUUAUCAAUACAACCCUGGACAGUGUAGAGUGGAAAUUGAAGAGGCUAUUAUGCACCUUAUACAAAAGAUCGAGCUUGUAAAUAUCCAAGAAGAUGUAAACACUGCAGUGUGGAAACACGCUGUUGUUGCUAUCAAAGCCCUUGGCAAUGCUGGAAUUCCACAAUCUAUUGUCAAACUGUACGAAUAUAUUAAGGAGAAGAAAUUGAUGAUUGAAGGCCGCACAGCUGCAAUCUAUGCUCUCCAGAGAAUUUCACAAAAACACCCACAAAGGGUACGUGAUGUUACCAUGCCAUUGUACCUAAACACUGCAAAUGAAGAUGAGAUUCGAGUUGCUGCUUUCAAUGUGUUUAUGGGUGCCAUGACUUAUGGUGAAAGUUCAAGCAAUCAGACGAGAUUAGUUUUGCAGCUUGUCGCUCGUGAACCAAACUCAGAAGUUCAGAGCUACGUGUGCAGCUAUCUUAGAGCACUGAAAACCAGCAGUGAUCCAUUUGAUAGAAAACUUCAAUCUUACCUGUUCGAGUUUGAGAGCUGGACGAAUGCAACCAAAGCUUGUACAUCUACAACUCACUCUAUCUUUUCUUCAAGUGUCUACCAGUGGUACAAACCAGUCUCUGACUUAAUCACACGAAUGUCAAACAAUACAAUGGGUGCUUCUAUGUCAGUUGAUUACAUCUCAACAAAUGCCAGCCGAGUUCCAAGGACGGCGACAGCCAAACUGAGAGCCAGUCUGUUUGGAUAUGACAUGGAUCUGAUGGAGGCUGGAAUUAGAAUGACUGGAGUAGAGAAGCUAAUCUGCAGCAUGCUGGUCGGUUCUAAAGGGUUUAUCCACCUUGGGACACUUUCUGAGGAAGCACAUGAUAAGCUUUGUGGAAACCAAAAUGAAACCACAAGUGUGUCUGCCUACAUGAAGGCCAUGGGUGAUGACAUAAUGUGGAAGAAGUUUAUGCCCAACAAAUCUGUGUCAGUAACAACAUUCCGUGACAAGGUUAUUGACCUGUUUGCCAAGGCCAAGACACUUCCAUUCAAACUGUACUCCUUGAUCAAGUUCAUGUCAAGUGGAGAGCAAACAAUCCUGGAUAACAAGUUGACCCUAACCAAGACAGCUGGGUUCUUGGACAUCACAAGGGUUAUUCCCACAAUCACUGGAAUGCCUAUAAGCCUUACGCUUGCAGCUGCUGGACACAUGGAAUUCAAUUGUACCACUUCUGUUAAAUACAAAACACCUCAUCCUGUCAUGGCAGUAGCCAGGUCGAUAUUUGGCAUGUUUGGUGACAAACACGAUGGUGCACUCCAUGCUUCUCUUGACAUCCAACCCAAGUUCUCAGUUGCUGCAAAGGUACAAUUGCUUCUUGAUGACUACAACUUCAAGCCGAAGCUUGUCUUUUUUGGAAACUCCAGCUCAAACUUCACUCAACACGUGACAGCAAGCAUCAAUGACGAAUCUGCUGAGAUGGUAAUCACUGAAAUGCCUAAUGACGAGACUCUUCUCCUGAAUACCAGCUACAUUCAGUACACAGAAGUCCUGGGAAAACGACAGAAACUGCCACUUGAAAAGCAAGAAAAGAAGGGUCUCCGCAUCAAGGCUUAUGACGUUGUUGGUCUUGACCUGGUCGGUAAUGUUAGCUAUCCUAUGGCUGCUAGUCAUCUACCUAUCAGGGCUUUAUCUGGACCUGCAAACUUGAAGAUUUCUGUUGUACGACCAAAUGCUAAUCUGAGCAAAUUGAAGUUCUCAUUCACAAGAAGUGACUUGAAAUGGAAGAGUGUGUUUGUUAAUGCAAGUAUGGUUGCUGUUGGUAUAGACAGAUCCACUGCAGGAUCAAUUGGCUGGGAGCUCAAAAACAAGGUGUUUACACUUAAUAACACCAUCAAGAGUGCAUUUGCCAAUUCAUCAACAGUUUUUGUUGCCAACAUGAACGAAUCAUUUACCAUUGACAGUAAAUUCAAUUUCAGCUCAAGCAUUGCUGACAUGACACUGCAGAUUGGACUCAACAGCACCAAACUCGACGCGAAGUCGUCUUUCUAUAUUGCUAAACAACGGAUAUACCAUGCGGAAAUCGAUGCAUCUCGUCAGUCGUUCAGUCAGGCUAACAUGUCGGCUAUUCUCUUCAUCAAGGAUAACGAGUUACCGCACGUAUUUAACAUGACUGGACAUCUAAGCAAAUGGUGUACUAAUAUCACUGGACAAUUACUUCUAGAAAACAAGACAGAACCAUACCUGGUCAAUGUCAGUGGCUCCUUUGGUAAAUAUUUUGCCAACUUCACGAGUCUUGUUGAAAUCCCUGGACAUUAUCAGCCAUACCAGCUGGGUUUUAAGGGAUUGUACAAGAAUGAAAGCAUCACCAGCUCGGCUAUGAUUCACCUUCCUGACAUUCUCAAGCGUCAGGACCUCUUUUUUAAUGCAUCUGUUGGCAAAUGGUUUGCUAGCAUGUCUGGCCUGCUGCAUCAAGAAGGCAAAUCUGUUCCACACAAGAUGACAGUCAAGGGAUUAUACAAAAAUGGACAUGUCAAUGGGACAGCUAUGCUUCACUUGCCUGGAUAUCUCAAGCAUCGGGACCUCCUGCUUAACGCAUCCGUUGGUAAAUGGUUUGCUAAUGCGUCUGCUCUGCUAUACGAAGAAGGCAAAUCUGUUCCACACAAGAUGACAGUCAAGGGAUUAUACAAAAAUGGACAUGUCAAUGGUACAGCGAUGCUUCACUUGCCUGGAUAUCUCAAGCAUCGGGACCUCCUGCUUAAUGCAUCCGUUGGUAAAUGGUUUGCUAAUGCGUCUGCUCUGCUAUACGAAGAAGGCAAAUCUGUUCCACAUAAGAUGACAGUUGAUGGAUCAUAUAAACAUGGCAGUAUCAAUGGUAAGGGUAUGCUUCACUUACCUGGACUUCUUAAACGCCAGGACCUUCUGCUCAGCGGGUCUGUUGCAAAGUGGUUUGUAAACAUGUCUGCCCUGCUACAUCAAAAAGACAAGUUACUUUCAAAUAAGAUGGCUGUCAUGGGAUUGUAUAAAGAUGGACACGUUGACAGUACAGCUAUGCUUCAUUUACCUGGAAUCCUUAACCGUCGACAUCUUUCCCUGAAUGGAUUGUUUGGCAAAUGGCAUGCUAACUUGUCAGCCCAUGUACAUCAGGAAGACAAGCCUGAGAUGAUUGUCAGUGGUUCAUAUAAAGACGGACAUAUCAGUGGUUCAGCCAUGAUUCACUUACCAGAAGUUCUCAAGCGUCAUGAUCUUUCCCUGAAUGGAUCAUUUGGCAAAUGGUCUGGUAACUUAACUGCUGUUCUACAUCAAGAAGGCAAAGAUCAUCCCCAUAAAAUGGAUUUCCGUAGCUACAUUGGGAAACACCAUUGUCAUAUGUUUGGACUGCUGCAUCUGGCCAAUAAGACCAAACCACACUCUGUAUACACACAGAGUAAGUGGCACAAGUGGCAUUUACACUCAUUCAUGCGUGUAAAACUUGCCUCAUUGGAAAGGCCAAAUGAUUUCAGUAUAUCUGGACAAUUUGAUAAUGGGCACGUCAAAGGCAGAGUGCUUUUGGAUACAUAUAACUUAUUCAAGUUUUAUCGCCAAGAUGAGUUGCCCAACGGUACUAUCAAAAGGAUCUUUGCAAAACUGUCAAAUGUUGCCCAUCAACCUCAUCCCAAUCACUGUCACCGUUUGAAAAUUGAUGGAGUCCUGGGGAAAUGGCAUGGACAAAUUACAGCUAAGCUACAAGAAGCUAAGCACAAAAAACCACACGAAGUUACCGUCAAGGGAUCUUUGGCAAAGUGGUCCAUCAGUGGUAGUGCUUUGCUUCUUCCUCAGGGAGAGGAACUGCCACAUCAAGUACAUCUCAAUGGUAAAAUGGGCAAGUGGUUUCUCAGGGGCUGGGCUACCUUCCAUAAAUCUGGAGACGUUCAUCCUUACUAUGCCGACUUCGAUGGCUCUAUGGGCAAACUAUGGGUCAAUGGCAAUGCUCUAUUUUUCCAUCCUAACACCGAGAAACCAUACAAAGCUAGCCUCACUUGUUCUGUUGGUAAACACUGGAUCAAUAGCACCGCAGUUUAUCAUCAUGCUACGGACGAACGACCGUACCUUCUCUUUGUGAAUGGCUCUGUUGGUAAGUAUUGGGUCAACGGCAGUACAUCCUUCCAUAUGGCUCGUGAUGAGCAACCGUAUCAAGCCAGUCUCAUAGGAGCGGUUGGCAAGUGGUUUAUGAAUAUCUCAUCAAGUGUACACCUCCAGAUUUCCAACUGGGAUACAUAUUUUGUCAAUUCCAGCAUGCUACUGGAAGGUCGAAAUGUCAAGAUGUCAGCCAAGUCAAAUCUACUUGGGCUACCAAGUGUUCAAAAAUAUCUACGGAUAACCGAAAAGGAAAAAGCUGUCGAGGUACAUAACCUAGUGUUGGAAGAUGAGAAGACACAUAACGUCCUUCAUUGAAAUACCUCGAUAGUAAGUUGUUAUAGGAUGUUGCAGACAGUAUGACGAUGUGAAACGGUUGCGCGGACAUGGGACGCAUUUUAGCACCAUAUAUUGUUUCAGUGUUGUGUUAGACUAUGAUGCAUUGCAAUUGAAUUCAUUCCAGUGUUGGCAUGAUGGGA